AAUCAUUAGGGUGGUAAUUAACAAAGAUUUCUCUCUCUCUCUCUCUCUCUCUCUCUCUCCAGUAUUCUCAGGCUGGUGGUGUGUCUCAGAGUUUUUUCUGGCCCUCCUCCAGAAAGAUCUCUCUCUCUCUCUCUCUCCAGUAUUCUCAGGCUGGAGGUGUGUCUCAGAGUUUUUUCUGGCCCUCCCCCAUAAUAUCUUUCUCCACCCCAAAAUCAAAUCCUAAAUGAUUACAACGGCAGCAAUCACCUUCAUAGCCAUAGCCAGCUCACUAUCCUUCCUCUUCUUUUCACCCCCUCCAAAAUCUUCCUACCACAACCUCUUCAUCUCACUAUCAGAUAAUGCCUCAAUCUCAAACCACCUCUACACCCUCACCCGCCGACCCCAUGUCGCCGGCUCCCAAGCAAACGCCGAAGCCGCAACCUAUGUCCUCUCCACUCUCUCUUCCUCCAACAUCCAAUCCCACAUCACAUCCUACGAAGUCCUCCUCACCUAUCCUAUCUCCCGUUCCUUGACACUAACACCUCCUGCUCCAGAUCCUCCAACCACGUUUGAUCUUCACCAGGAGAUAUAUGAGGGGGACCCAUACGCUGACGUGGCCAAUCAAGUUUUACCUACGUUCCACGCGUACGCCAAGUCGGGUACCGUAUCAGGACCCGUGGUGUAUGCGAAUUACGGACGCGUGGAAGACUAUGUGACAUUGGAGAAAAUGGGAGUGAACGUUUCAGGAAGUAUUGUACUAGCAAGGUACGGAGAGAUAUAUAGAGGGGACAUUGUGGAGAACGCUUAUGAUGCAGGUGCUGUGGGGGUGGUAAUAUAUACGGAUAGGAAGGACUAUGGUGGUGGGGGAGGUGGCGCCGCCAAGUGGUUUCCAGAUGAAAAAUGGAUGCCGCCGAGCGGGGUCCAGGUGGGGUCGGUGUAUGGUGGGGCUGGUGAUCCAACCACGCCCGGUUGGCCUAGUUCUGGGGCCUGUGAGAGGUUAUCGGAUCAUGAGGUGGAGAAUAGAGAGGAUGUCCCACAGAUACCUUCGUUGCCUGUGUCUUGGGCAGAUGGUGAUGCAAUCAUGAGAUCUAUGGGCGGACAAGUGGCGAAUGAUGAUUGGCAGGGUGGUGUAGAUGCCCCAGUUUACAGGGUUGGACCAGGUCCUGGAAUUCUACAACUUAGUUUUACAGGGAAGCAAGUCAUAAGCACAAUCCAGAAUGUUAUUGGUGUUAUUCAAGGAGCAGAAGAACCUGACAGGUUUGUCAUUCUGGGAAACCAUCGGGAUGCAUGGACAUUUGGAGCUGUUGAUCCCAAUAGUGGAACUGCAGCCCUGCUAGAGCUCGCAGAAAGGCUAGGGAAGCUGCAGAAAACAGGAUGGAAACCUCGUCGAACACUCAUCUUUUGCAAUUGGGAUGCUGAGGAGUAUGGCCUGAUAGGAUCAACGGAAUGGGUUGAAGAGAACAGAGAAAUGCUAGCUUCAAGGGCUAUUGCUUACCUGAAUGUUGAUUCUGCGGUAUAUGGAGCAGGUUUCUACGCCUCUGCAACUCCGCAGCUUGAUGAACUAAUAAAACAAGCAUCUCAACAGGUUCAAGACCCAGAUAACUCAUCACAAUCAAUCUACAAAUCCUGGAUUGGCUCAAGCAACAAUACUGUGAUUGGAAGGUUAGGAGGUGGAGGGUCAGAUUACGCAGCAUUUGUCCAACAUAUCGGUGUACCAUCAGCUGAUAUAUCUUUUGGCAAUGGUUACCCCGUCUACCACUCAAUGUAUGAUGACUUCAUCUGGAUGAAGAAAUUUGGCGACCCUAUGUUUCAGAGGCAUGUAGCAGUGGCAAGCAUGUGGGGACUAGUAGCUCUUCGACUUGCAGAUGAGGAAUUUUUACCUUUUAAUUACCUCUCUUAUGCACAUGAGCUUCAGAGAAGUGCAGAAGAGUUAAACGAUCAAGUAUCUGACAAGGGUAUAACCCUUAUUCCCUUGUUGAAGUCAAUUGAGGAGCUCAAAAAGGCAGCCAGCAAUAUAAAUAACCAAAGAAAGGAAAUGGAAGAAAAGAAAGGUUGGGCAUCAAUGAGGAAAAAGGACCAUUGGAAAGUGAGAGAGCUGAAUGAUAGAUUGAUGAUGGCAGAGCGAGCAUUCACAGAUAGAGAUGGACUCUUUGGAAGGCCAUGGUAUAAGCAUUUGAUUUAUGCGCCAUCAAAGCACGACGAUUAUGGAUCUACACACUUCCCUGGGAUUGCUGAUGCAAUUGAAAAGGCUAAGAGUCUUAACACAGCAGAGUCAUGGCAUUUUGUACAGCACGAACUUUGGAGAGUCUCAAGAGCUGUCACACAUGCAUCACUAGUCCUCAAUGGAGAAUUGACAUGAAAAUGGCACAAUAACAUAAAAUCCAAUACGGAAGUUGAAAGACCGAAAUUUCCUAAAUGCUCCACAAAUUCUCAUUUUAUAAUUUUUGCAUCAAUUCUUGCUCUGUAACGUCCAUAGGAUAUCAACAAUUGAUUGGCUGCUAAAAGAAAAGGAUAGAAAAAUUUCCAGAA